AUGGAAAACGAUAAGGAUGCUGCGCCAGUGGCGGCUGAGAUUCAGGCCGAACUCGAAAAUGGGUCGCGACCGGAGUUCGAUCUCGACGACACGUCGUUUAUGCUGCCCACGACAAUCGACCGUGCCGGCCUGUCUAGGAUGAUCAACGACCUUCUAGGGCUGGAGAAGCCAGUAGCGUUCGAUAUCCUAUUCAGGGACGAACCGUUAAGGACGACGCUGGCGGAGAAACUAGAGCGGCACAAUGUGGAGUCCGAAACGACGAUCAAGCUGGUGUACACACUGGCCGUCACCGAACCAGAAGACGAGGAGGUUGACGUGCUUGACGACUGGAUAUCUGGCAUCGCGUUCACAGGCCACCUAGGCCGAUUUGCCACAUCGUGCUUCGAUGGCAACGUGUCGGUGUAUGAUGCCGGCAAUAACGAAAAGGUUCAUGAGUUCGUCACUCCGGGCAAGUCGGCCACUGCAGUGGCUCUGCAUAGCUCGAGUGCACUCGGUGAACACUUGGAAAUAGUUUGUGGUCAUAUCAACGGGCUACUGGAGGUAUAUUGUCUGGAAACUAUGGGGAAAAAAGUCAAUCGCAAUCUGGUCGCCACCAGCAACAGUGAUCACGACACUAUACAAGCAAUCGCAAUUGAUGAGCAUGGGACUCUUAUGGCAGCUGCUGGCGGCAGUGGUAGCAUUCUGAUCUAUGACAAUGUGGGUAAUUAG